ACAAACAGCAGUGACGUGUCAGUGACGUCUCUAAUCUGCGACGCAUUCUCCAGAGAAGCACGUGUGUAGAAGCGGCUGAGCUCUAGUUUUGUACCCAGUUUUGGUGCCUCAGUAGCGGGGUGAUGGAGGACCGCAGCCGGCUGUGCUCCGUGUGGCUCGGGGCAGAGACCGGCAUCCUGAAGGGAGUCAGUCUGUCCCGGAAACAGGCUUUUAACUUCUGCAACACGCGCCACCUGAGCCGCGAGCAGGAGGUGCGGGCGCUGUGCUGGGGGGACCCGGCGGAGAGCGAGCUGCUGGUCGGGUCCCGGGACGGAACCGUGCGGACCUUCAGCACCGAGAAAGGCGUGUUCACCGAGGCCCGGCGCUGCGGGGACCCGGAGGAGGGUUGCUUCACCGGGCUGGCGACGUACGGAGCCACGCUUAUCACCUGCGGAGACUGCGGGACGCUGCGGGUGUGGCGCGAGGACAGCAGCGAGCCCGUCACAGAGCUACAAGCGGGGAAGAACGUGAGCAGAAUGCGACAGAACCCGGUGCACCGGAACCAGGUCGCCACCGGAGGGAAGGAGACCGGACUGAAGAUCUGGGACCUGGACAAACCCGAACAGCCUACGUUCACCGCAAAAAACCUGCGGGACGACUGGCUGGAUCUACGGCAGCCGCAGUGGGUCAGAGACAUGGCCUUCAUCCCGGACUCACAGAAGGUGGUCACCUGCACCGGAUACCACCAGGUCCACGUGUACGACCCGUCCACCCCGCAGCGGCGUCCCGUCAUGGAGGCUAAGUUCGGAGAGUACCCGCUCACCGCUCUGUCCCUGCCCGCCAGCGGCAACACGGUGGUGGUGGGAAACACUCACGGUCAGAUCGCCCUGCUGGACCUGAGGAAAGGUCUGGUGUGCGGCGCUCUGAAGGGGCUGGCGGGCGGCGUGCGGGCCCUGCAGUGCCACACCUCCCAGCCCGUGGUGGCGUCCUGCGGCCUGGACCGUUUCCUGUACAUCCACAGCCUGGAGGACCGCAAAGUGCAGCACAAAGUCUACCUCAAGUCCCGCCUCAACUGCCUGCUGCUCGCCAGCCGAGACCUGGAGGACGGAGGGACGGCGGCGACGGAUGCGGCGGCGUCUGAGGAGGUGAAGGAGGAGGAAGACGAGGUGUGGGACACCAUGGAGCAGGUGGAGGAGGCGGAGGAGAAGCCGAAAAGAAAAACAUCAGAGGAGGAAGAGGAGCCACAGAAGAAGAGCAAGAAGAAAAGGAAAAAGGGACAAGACUGAGGGGCGUUUGAGGUGUGAUCAGAGCGUGGGACAUUUGAGCACCGUCAGUGUUCAUCAGACUGAAACAUGAAAGAUAAGAGCUUCAUCUUGUCAGUGACGUACAGAACGAGGCCGAGGACUCAUUCAGCUGCUGAGAAUAAACUCACAUCUUUGUCUACAAAUGUAUUUUGACAGAUUUUCUAUGUUGUCAGCAGCCUGUGAGCUUUAUUAAAAGUACCUACAGUUGUCUUAUAA